AUGCCUGUUUCACGAAGGGGGGAAACUCGCCAUCAAGGAGGGUAUCCUUUGCCUAGCCACUUACACCUGCACCCAGUUGGUCCUGCCGGAGAUGGAAUGAUCUUGUGAGAGCUUCACAAUCAAAUAUGCCAUCAAGUAAAAUGGCAGAAGCCAGAUUUCCUCAGGAUGAGUUCAUGUGUCCAGUGUGUCUGGAUCUCCUGAAGGAUCCCGUGGCCAUUCCCUGUGGACACAGUUACUGUAAGAGCUGUAUUACAGGCUGCUGGGAUCAGGAGGAUCAGAAGAGAGUCUACAGCUGUCCUCAGUGCAGACAGACCUUCAGUCCAAGACCUGCUUUAGCUAGAAACACCAUGCUGUCUGAACUGGUGGAGAAACUGAAGAAGACCAGACUCUCGUCUGACUGUUACGCUGGAGAUGGAGAUGUGCAGUGUGACGUCUGUACUGGAAGAAAAUACAAAGCCGUCAAGUCCUGUCUGAUGUGCCUGGAAUCUUACUGUCAAACUCAUUUUGAGCGUCAUGAGGAGUUUCAUUCACGUAAGCCACACAAAGUGACUGAUGCCACUGGACGACUGCAGGAGAUGAUCUGCCAGAAACAUGAGAAACAUCUGGAGAUGUACUGUAUUACUGACCAACAAUGCAUUUGUGAGCUAUGUACAAAAUAUGAACAUAAAGACCAUGCCACUGUAUCAGCUGCAGCACAGAGGACAGAGAAUCAGAAGCAGCUGAAGGAGACACAGAAGACGUUCCAGCAGAGAAUCCAGCAGGAAGAGAAAGAUCUCCAGCAGCUGAGAGAGACUGUGGAGUCUCAUAAGCGCUCUGCACAGACAGCAGUGGAGGACAGUGAGAGGUUCUUUACUGAGCUCAUCCGCUCCAUUGAGAGACGCUGCUCUGAGCUGAUACAGCUUCUGAUUCCUGAUAUCAAAGAUCAGGAAAAGACUGCAGUGAGUCGAGCUGAAGAACGACUGGAGCGACUGGAGCAGGAGAUCAAUGAUCUGAGGAGGAGAGACACUGAGCUGGAGAAGCUUUCACACACACAGGAUCCCAUCCAGUUCCUGCAGAGUUUCCAGUCUCUCUCAAAACCUCCUGAAUCUACAGAUGUAAAUGAUGAUUUCUUCAGUUCUCUCUUCUCUUUGGAUGACCUGAGAGAAUCUGUCCAUCAGCUGAGAGACAAACUGGAGAAUUCCUGCAAAGAGGAUCUCAAGAAAAUCUCAGACAGAGUCACAUCCACUAGGAUCAAGAACAAAAUCCUACAAUAUUCCCAUCAGCUCACUCUGGAUCUGAACACAGUGAAUAAACGCCUCCGUCUGUCUGAGAACAACAGAGUGAUUACUGGCACUAAAAUAGAUCAGUCGUAUCCUGAUCAUCCAGACAGAUUUGAUUUCACAUUCCAGGGGUUGUGUAGAGAGAGUGUGUGUGGACGCUGUUACUGGGAGCUGGAGUGGAGAGGAGGUGAAAAUGGUGUGCGUAUAUCAGUGUCAUAUAAGAGCAUCAGCAGGAAGGGACAGAAUAAGGCAUGUUUGUUUGGAAACAAUGAUCAGUCCUGGAGUUUGCACUGCAAUCCCCCCAGAUACUUAUUCAGACACAAUAACUUGGUGACUGUUCUCCCUGUAGAGUCCGUCAGCAGUAGAAUAGGAGUGUUUGUGGAUUACAGUGCAGGAACUCUGUCCUUCUACAGCGUCUCUGACACAAUGAACCUCAUCCACACAGUCCAGACCACAUUCACUCAGACGCUCUAUCCUGGGUUUUAUGUUUCUAGGGGAUCAAGAGUGGAACUGUGUUAAUGAAUCAG